AUGGCACUCACCUCACGGAGACUCCGCGCGUGCGACCCCAAGUGCACGCUUUUCAUCAUUGUCAGCAAGACCUUCGCUAACCGCGAGUCCCUCAUCGAAGCGGACCAGAUCGAAGAGCAGUACCAGUGUAAGGUCCGUAAUGCAUUCUGCCAUCCCCCGCCCUGCGCGUGCAACAAGAGUAUCGUCGACACGUCCUGCGCGCACGGUUCUCCGACACCCAACUUCUCGAGAGGCAGGCGUUCGCUCGAGGAGAACCUGCCCGUACUUCUUGCCGUCAUUGAGCUUUGGUACAACGACUUUUAUGGCUCCCAAACGUACAUGACUUGUUCGACGCCACAGCCGCUCAUCAACAACCCCGCUCUUUCCACUCGAUCCUCUUGA